AUGGCUCAGCCCCAACCCCACGCUAUGGAAAUGCCAGACAUGUCCAAUGCAAUUGUCGCACAGGACGAGAUGGGAAGGCCGUUCAUCAUCGUCAAGGACCAGGGCAACAAAAAGAGACAGCACGGCCUGGAGGCCAAGAAAUCGCACAUCCUGGCGGCAAGAUCCGUCGCGUCCAUCAUCAAGACCUCGCUGGGUCCCCGUGGUCUCGACAAGAUCCUGAUCUCGCCCGACGGAGAGAUUACCAUCACCAAUGAUGGUGCUACCAUUUUGUCCCAGAUGGAACUCGACAACGAAAUCGCCAAAUUACUCGUGCAGCUUUCCAAAUCCCAGGACGACGAAAUCGGUGACGGUACCACCGGUGUCGUCGUGCUUGCCAGCGCGUUGCUCGACCAGGCUCUCGAGCUCGUGGAAAAGGGAAUUCACCCGAUCAAGAUCGCCAACGGGUUUGACGAGGCCGCCAAAGUGGCCGUGAAACACUUGGAAAAACAAGCUGAGGACGUUGCGGUGGACCAGAAAUCCUUCCACGAAUACUUGUUCAAAGCUGCAAAGACCUCUCUGGGCUCCAAAAUCGUGUCCAAAGAUCACGACAAAUUCGCACACAUGGCCGUUGACGCCGUCACGAGCGUCAUGGACCUCGACAGAAAAGAUGUCGACUUUGAGCUUAUCAAGAUCGAGGGCCGUGUCGGUGGGUCGCUACAGGAUUCUCAACUAAUCAAAGGUGUGGUACUGGACAAGGAUUUUUCCCACCCUCAGAUGCCCAAGCUCGUCACACCCAAGGAGGGCCACGACGGCGUAAAACUGGCCAUUUUGACAUGUCCCUUCGAACCGCCAAAACCAAAGACCAAGCACAAACUCGAUAUUUCCACCGUCGAAGAAUACCAGAAAUUGCAAACUUACGAACACGAUAAAUUCGUCGAAAUGAUAGACUAUGUCAAACAAGCCGGUGCAGAUGUUGUUAUCUGCCAAUGGGGGUUUGACGAUGAGGCCAACCAUUUGCUACUACAGAACGAUCUACCCGCCGUUAGAUGGGUUGGUGGUCAAGAGCUUGAAUUGAUUGCCAUCGCUACCAAAGGUCGUAUCGUCCCACGUUUCCAGGAUUUGUCCAAGGAUAAACUAGGUACCUGUGGCAGGAUACAAGAGAUGGAGUUCGGCACUACCAAAGAUCGCAUGCUUGUGAUAGAGGAGUGUCUAAACAGCAAAACUGUCACUUGUUUUCUAAGAGGCUCUAACAAAAUGAUCGUGGACGAGGCCAAGCGUGCCUUGCAUGAUUCUUUGUGUGUUGUCCGUAACUUGGUGAGAGACUCAAGAGUUGUUUACGGUGGUGGUGCCGCAGAAGUGACCAUGUCCAUCGCUGUAUCCGACGAAGCCGACAAACAACACGGUAUUGAUCAAUACGCCUUCCGUGCUUUUGCACAGGCAUUAGACACAAUCCCCAUGACUUUGGCGGAAAACUCGGGUCUGGAUCCUAUCGAAACCCUCUCCUUAUUGAAGAGUAACCAAAUCAAAGAAAAAUCAUCAACAAUCGGUGUGGACUGCCUAGGAAGCGGAUCUCACAACAUGAAAGAACUUUUCGUUGUUGAUCCAUUGAUUGGCAAGAAGCAACAAAUCAUGCUCGCUACUCAGCUUUGUAGAAUGAUUCUCAAGAUCGACAACGUGAUCAUUAGCGGCAAAGAUGAAUAUUAA